AUACAUAUAUUAAUAUAUUAAUGAAUAAUUAUAUUUCACAAGAAAUAAUCACAAAAUAAUCACAAUCACAAUAUACCAAAUACAUUUUAAAUAUACAUUCUUUUACAGAUGUAGUCAAUCAGAAACAUGUUCAGAGCUUGUAGCACCUCUUAUUGUAUGGCAACAAUCAACAUAUUUUGCAGCUAAUAUUGCACAUUGAUUUUUCUCCUCACAUAAGUAUGGUAUUUUCUGAGUAAUGGGGAGAUGGAUGAACUCAGGAUUAUUUAUUUUUUCAAAGAAAACAUCUCUCACAUUCUAAUAUUUUUCACAGCACAGUAAGAAGUGAGAUUCUAUCUCCUCCUCUCUUGUAUAUAACUAUAUAUCUAUAUUAACUGCCUAUCAUCUCACUCACUCACGCACACGCACGCGCAUCAGACGUGACGUUUAACCGAGGUGACGUAAGAGCCGCAGGCCUUAACGAAUCCUCAUUCACACUUGGACUUGACUCAAGUUGACCUGUGAAACCUUUUCUGCUGGAAAGUUGAAAUCUAACUGAUAACUGAUCACCUGGAAAACAUCUUCUUCUGGACUGAACAUCUUCUGAGGAAGCACCUGUUGGAUAACUGAUCUGAAGAAACAGCUAAAGGUAAAAUCUCCAAGGAGACUAAUAACCUGCUGAAGACAUGUCUUCUUCUGCUGUGGAGCAGCUGACCAGGUUCUCACCUGACUCUGCAGGUGGCUUCUUCUGGCCUCUGAACAAUGAGCGCCCUGAUGCUGAGAGGCCUCCCGAUGACCUGGUCCUGCCUGAUUACCUGGACGAGGAAGACCAGGUGGGUGAUGUGGAGGUAGGUGAUGUGGACGGGCUUCAGGAGGCUGGUCUUGAUGACCAGUUGCCUCCUUAUGAGGACUCUGAGCCCGACGUCCACAGUGAUGGUGAGUUACCUCCUUAUGAGGACUCUGAGCCCGAUGUCCACAGUGAUGGUGAGUUACCUCCUUAUGAGGACUCUGAGCCCGAUGUCCACAGUGAUGGUGAGUUACCUCCUUAUGAGGACUCUGAGCCCGAUGUCCACAGUGAUGGUGAGUUACCUCCUUAUGAGGACUCUGAGCCCGAUGUCCACAGUGAUGGUGAGUUACCUCCUUAUGAGGACUCUGAGCUUGACGUCGAUAGCGAUGACGAGUUACUCUCUUAUGAGGACUCUGAGCCCGAUGUCUACAGUGAUGGUGAGUUAACUCCUUAUGAGGAUUCUGAGCCCGUCGAUAGUGAUGACGAGUACUUUCGUGAGGAGGAGGACUCUGGGUUUGUGAUUGAGCUCCCCGUAAUGGAUGUUGAGGCCAGGCACAAGCCAACACCCAUGCUAAGACCCAGGCCAUGGGGCCGAGAAGAUUCCUCUGAUGAGGAUCUCUCAGAGGCAGUGGUUCCUGCACCUCGCUUACCACCUAGCUGGGAUCCGAGCUAUGCUUCGGACCAGCUCAGUGAGGCAGUGGUUCCUGCACCUCGCUUACCACCUAGCUGGGAUCCGAGCUAUGCUUCGGACCAGCUCAGAGAGGCAGCGGUUCCUGAAUCGCCCUCAGCCUCUGGCCCCUGCUCCUUCAACUGGAGACGCUGGGAAGAGGAGCUUUUUCCUGAGGAACGCAGAGAGGCUGUGGUCCCUGGAUCGCCCUCAGCUUCUGGCCUCGGCCCAUUUUCUGGCCUCGGCUCCUCCACGAGGAGACGCCGUGAAGAAGGCGACGGGGAGGUGGUCGCUUCAAAGAGGCCUAGGUGGUCUUAGGAGAGCGACUCAGAUUGACUCCAUCGAUGGAUGGGCUCACAAUCCUCCUGGAAGCAUCGGAGCACUCACUGAAUCAUCACUUCCACGUCACAGCAUGACCAGUGGGUCCCAUGGCAGCUUUUGCAUCUGGCAGGGCUGGUGACACUCCAGGUAGCAUCUUGCACUGGGACCGUUGGAUUGACCCAUUUCAACCCUGAGGGCUGGCCUUUGCGUCUGGCUGGGCCAGCAAAGCCCCAGGUAGCCUUUGCGUCUGGCAGGGGCACCAGGGUGUUAUUUUUUUUAGUAUCUCCUCAUAUUUGCACGGUGGAUCGAUCAACCUUUCUUUAUCCUGAGGCGAUGCCCCAGGAAGCCCUUGCGUCUGGCGGGGCUGUCGAGACCCCGUGCAUGUAGCCCUUGCGUCUGGCGGGGUGAGGAACCUUCAGCUGUGUCGGUGUUCAAAUGAACACUAUAUUCCUUCACACAGCACCAGUGGCUCCUAUCGGUUGGUCAGCUUGAACGUGUCAUCACUGAAGACCGAUACUAACCAAUAUGGACAAAAAAGGUAUUGUAACUAUAUCAAAUAUAUUAUCAAUAAUAUUCAAUAAUUCAAAGAUUAUUCGUCUUACUAACCAUUUUGGUCUUACUUUACUCUUAUCUUACUCUCCACCAUCUGAGCUGCUGCUGUUCACUGUGGACGAAAAUGGUAAGAAUGAGUUUCUGUUUAGUGGAGUCUAAAGUAUAAAAACAGAGAAAGUAAUAUUAUGUAACCCAUCUACAAACUGCAUGCCACAUCUUUUUUUUCAAACAAUAUCACUUAUUUAUUAAUUCAAAGAUAAUCUGUCUGUUUUACAAACCAUUAUUGUUGUUGCCUCAUCACUACACGACGAAAAAGGUAAGUACGAGCUUCUGACAUGUAAACAAAGUGACUGUCCCGUACUUAUUCAAUAAUUCAAAUAUUGUUUUACUAACCAUUCUUUAUCCCACUUUACUUUUAUCCUACUCCACCACCUGAGCUGCUGCUGCUGUUCACCCUGGAUGAAAAGGUAAGUACGAGCUUCUGCUUUGUAGACAAAGUGACCUAUAGUCUAAAAUAUAAAAACAUGGGAAAGUAAUAUUAUUUAACCUACUUGUAUGCCACAUCCAUGUGUUCACACAAUAUCACUAAUUUAGUAAUUCAAAGAUAAUCUGUCUGUCUUACUAAUCAUGAUUUAUUGUUCCCUCUCUAACUCCACCACCUGAGCUGCUGUUGAUCACCAUGGACGGAAAAGGUAAGGAAAUAAAUAAAGUUUAAAUAGAAAAUAAAUAAAUAAACAUACUUAUUCAAUAAUCCAAAUAUUGUUUUACUAACUACAUACUUUACUUUUAUCCUAUUCUACCAUCUGAGCUGCUGCUGAUCACCGUGGACAGAAAAAGUGAGUAUUAGCUUCUGACUUAAAAAGAAUCUCACUUUGAAUAAGCUAAAAUAUAAAGACUGAGAAAAUAAUAUAUGCUAUUUGGUAAAACUGGUUCUCCAUGUAAUAUCAUUUAUUAAAUAAAAUAAACAUUGUUUGUCUUUUCCUUCUCUUACUCCACCUAAUGAGCCACUAGCCUCCAGACCCAGACUCAGUGUUCUUGCAGUAUAUCCAGGGUUACCUUGACGACAAAGAAGCGAUGCUUACAUCCGACCCACAGGUUGAGCUGGAGAGCAGACAAGAGGGUUACAUUACCCGGCUGCCAUCAAUCUGCCCGUCACCUCUCUCACUCUCCUGGCUCAGCCUGCCCACGCCGCUCUCCAUCACCGACCCGCCUUGGUUCCAC